AUGGAUGACCUCACCUCCACCUCGCUGAACCAGAACCAGCACAUUGAGGCCGAGCUGGGGCUGCGUGGAGAAGUUCACAGCCUGCAGGCAGACUGCAGGAUGAAGGAGCUGGACAGGCCAAACAGGAUCAGGGAGUUCAGCCUGGUCAGUCUGUCUUUUCUAUGCUUAGAUUUGUCUCCUGUUUUAUUGUCCACACCUGUCAUCUAUUUUUCUUUUCUACAGAAGCGCAUGGUGGAGCUGAUGGAGCUGGAGCAAGAGUACAAGAGGAGAGAGAGAGGUGAGAAAACUCAUCCUCCCUUUUUCUCCUGUGAAAAUCUGUCAACUGUCUAA